AUGAUGAAUAAGAUAGUUUUACAGGAAAAACCAAAACCAGUUGACAAAAAACUUCAACAAAAACAAUCAAAACAGGUGAUAGAAAAGUCCCAAAAAACGACAAAACCUCAGAAAAGUGAAAAGAUUAAAACGGAAAAGUCAAAAGCAGAUGAAAAAAAACUUCAAUCAAAAAAGGAGAUAGAAAAGUCCAAAAAAACUACAAAGCAGGAAGAAUUAAAAACAGGUGAAAAAAAACUUAAGGUGAUAGAAGAGUCCAAAAAACCUACAAAACCUCAGAAAAAUGAAAAGAUUCAAAAAGAUAAAAAGGAAAAAUCAAAAGUAGUUGAAAAGAAAUCUAAACCAAAACAGAUUAUAGAAAAGUCCAAAAAAAUGAUAAACCCUCAAAAAAAUGAAAAGGAAAGAUUAAAAACAAAUGUCAAAAAACUUCAAAUGAAACAGAAGAUAGAAAAGUCCCAAAAAUCACAGAUAAAUGCAAAGAUACAAAAAGAUAAUAAAGAGCUUUUGCAACAGGAGGAAGAAGAAAAACAAAAAUUAACAAAAAAGCUACCAAAAAAUCAACAUCCAAGUCAUCAUAAUCUUGAAACUUUUCUUGCAAUCAAAGAUAUUGACAAGAAUACUACUUUAUAUCGUGGUACUUUAUAUGAAUAUGAGACUAUUGAUUGUCUUCAAAAAUUAUUUGGAAUUGUUACAAGAAGAGUAGGAAAAGCUAAUGAUGCUGGUAUAGAUUUUCGUGGCCGUUGGAAUUUACCAAAUAAAAGAUUAAUGAUUAUUGGUCAGUGUAAGUCAUUUAAUAUUAAAUGUAGUUCAAAUGUAGUUCGUGAUCUUGAAGGAACAUUAUGUCGAGAAUCAAAAGAAACAAUUGGCAUUUUGUCAUCUUUUGGUGGAUUCACAGAAGCAGCUAUAAAAAGAUACUAUGGAUCACCUUGGCCUAUGAUGUUGGUAACAGUUAUAGAUGGUGGUAAAAUAUGCGAAAAAUUUUUAUGGAAUAAAACAGCAGAAGCAUAUUUAGAAAAACUUCAGAUUACAUUGUUUUAUAAAGAAGGUUCAAAAUCAAAAAAUUUAUAUAAAAGACCUCUUCUUGUUUAUGAUGGAAAAGAAUUUACUCCUGAUGAAAAAGAAGUUUAUUGGGAAAUUCCAGAAAAGUAUUUGAAUAUGUCAGGCAUAUCUCUAGCAACAAUUGCUGAAACAGAAAAUAUAUAA